GAAGGUUUUGUUUUUUGCUGAGCAAUACAUACAGUCUUCACUCUUACUAUUACUGCUGGCACGGAAUACCACACAACACACACUGGAAUUCUAUUCGAUUUAUUGUUGUCACAAAAACAUGCAGGAUGAUGCAGCAGUAAUAGAUGGUCAAAGUGAUGAAGAACACAAACUGAAAGCCAACGAGUCGCAAGCAUGUGACACACGCCUUAUUACAGUUGAUAUGAGCGAUAUUUCUUCUCGUUAUAGAGAUGUUUAUCCACUUGGAUGCGGGUCGAGAGCUUUAAUUUUCUCCGCAAUUGACCAGCAGUGUAGAAGAAGAGUUGCUGUUAAAAAGAUCUUUGUAAAGCAAUGUACUCCAAGUCACAAACUAAAACAACUUAUACGGGAAAUUAGAAUUCUACGCAAAAUGGACCAUGACAAUAUUGUCCGAAUGUAUCAUGCACUUGCAUCAUCAAGUUCAAGAGAUAAUAGCUCUCCAGUAAACAUGGCGUCAAAUCUAUCUUUAAAGAACCAAGUUUCUUUUGAUUCUGUUUAUAUUGGGAUGGAAUUAAUGGACACCGACCUUAGGAAUGUAAUCAACCACAAUCAGCUUUCAUCAAACUACAUUAAGUUAUUUACAUACCAGUUGCUAAGGGGACUUAAGUACCUACACAGCGCAAACGUUAUUCACCGUGAUCUUACACCUUCAAAUGUUUUUAUAAACACUGAUACUCUCAUGCUGAAGAUCGGUGACUUUGGAAUUUCCCGAAUCUUAGACUCAGAGUACGAACAUUCUGGUUAUUUAUCGAUGACAACCACUAGUACUUGGUAUCAAUCACCAGAGAUCCUCCUUCAUCCUCGUCAUUACAAUCAAGCAGCAGACAUGUGGGCCGCUGGAUGUAUAUUUGCUGAAAUGCUUAUUGGCAAACCACUAUUCAACGGCAGCAACGCUAUGGAGCAGAUUAACCUUAUAUUGAAAUCAGUCGCCGUAACACGGGAGAACUGGUUAAGUGUUACGACAGCUGUUUGUCAAGAUGAGAACUGUUGCUUGAAUAAAGACGCUUACAACGUACGUGAAAACGGCGGAAUACCCCGCCGACCCUUAAGGGACUUGUUGCCAACCUCUAACCACAUGGCUGUGAACCUUUUGAACCAAAUGUUGACCUUCGCACAAACGGAUAGAGUGACAGCGAUUGAUGCUUUAAUGCAUCCCUACCUUGCGUGUUACAGCAACCCGUUUGACGAACCAGUGUGUGGAAUGCCGUUUUCACUUGAGGACGAACUCGAUGAGAUGGAUGUUACCAAUAUAAAGCAAAUAAUUUGGAACGAAACUUCAAAUUUGUUCAGCGUUCCCAGCAACGAAAGCAACAUCGUAGAGACAAGUACAGAAGAUUGUGGAUUGCGGCAAUCGUUAAAGGGGUCGGUGUGUACCAACGACAGCUACAAGAAUCUUCUUGCACUAGUUCAGUCCAGCACUCAUAGUAACGGGAGCAACACAAACAGGGGAAUUACAAUCUCAGAGUCGGAAGCAAGAACUAUUGCUUGUGACUUUGACUACGGAGUGCAGAUAAACGAUGGUUCCAUCAACCGUGAGCGAAUGUCGAUAGAUUUUCGUCCAAUUACUUCCAGCGCCGGUUGUUUUGAUCCCUAUAAGUGGGAUUCACGUUGCGACAGCAACACACAACAAAAACAACUGACAUCUGCUAAAGAAGAACCGGCUAAACUGGGUGCACACGAUGGGCACCACCAAGAAGUUGUAUCCGACCAUGGUUACCACUCAAGUUAUUGCUCGUCCAAUCUUAGCCAUGGUAAGGUUCAUGCACACGCACUGUGGAGUCUUUCAUCGCCAGAUGUUUCAAUCGAUCACGAACGAACGUCCGGACAGAGAGCAAGUACUCCUGAUGUAGGGGAAGCGUCAUCACCCUCCGCAUUUGAAGAAGAUCACAACUCGGAUUAUUCUCGUCAUUCCCCAACGCUCAGUUCAGAGGAAAGAGACAGUGACGUCACUACAUCAAGUCGACGACGUCAUAAAGAUGACGUGCCACGUCAUCACCAGAGUUACGGCCAUCAUUACCACCAUCAUCAUCACCAUCAUCAUGGCCACCAUCAUCACCAUAAACAUCAUAGGCACAGCAGUCGACAUGGAAGUUUAUCAUCAGCGAGUGGUGGCAAUACAUCCCAUCAACGCACCAGCAGCAACGAAGCUGAACCAUCUUCCGCAAGAUGUCACCAAAGACGCUGCUUGGUGAACGACACUGUACCCGAAGUGUUAGAGGAACCAGGAUCAGAUGUUUCCUCCAACGAUCGAAUUCUUCCAAAAGAUGCACCAGAAAGGAAGAGCAGUAGUAGCGAUAGCGACUCGAAAACUGGACGGAAAAAAACUUGCAAGAUGUUUCCAAAGUUUUGCAAAUCCCGAGUAAAAACGACCACCGGAACGACGGGAGGUUCUGCCCCUGCAGACAGCGGUUUUCACGAACCUUUCAACAUUUCAACACCCGCUGUUGAAUUAAAACAACGACCUAACACAGCUCGGGAGGGAAAGACUAUCAGGGACGGCCCAUCUUACACAACUCCGCGAUUGCGAACAUGCUCCGAAGGAAAUAGAAGAAAUAAUCCGGCGUUGAUUUUGCCGAAGUGGAAGCAACUGUUGGAAACAACGACCGAUAAAUCACCUUUUCUCCACUGCCAAUCCCUAUCUGACUUUAAUCGCAUUCACGCCUACUCCGGUGGCAAUGACGUCAGCAGUAGUGACGUCACGAGCAGUGACGUAUCACUCUCUCCUCCUGGGAAAUGCUCCAAGUCGGCAACCCCCAGUUUUCCUAGAAAACGCGUCGAAUGUCCUUUUUAAACGUAACGCCGUGUCACUGCACACAGUAUCUUCUAACUUAAUUACAGCUUGCGCAACGUCGCCAUAUGGUUACUGUUUGUUUUCGUGCAUGUAAAUGUUAUUAGUAUGGUGGGGAUUUUUUGGUGCACAAACCAGCUGGCGGAUGAUGUUUUUUGCAAGCGGUUUGUGACUACACAAAUAUGGUGAACAUUCGCGACGUUCUAAUCGCUCGGAGUUUGAAAGGUAAAUGAAUUUAUUCUGCCACUAAUUUAAGCAAUCGCUACCAGGUACAUAAUGUAUUUGCUUUAGGAAUUUUACGCAACUUUUUUAUUCGCCCGUUUUUAGAGGAUUUUCAGUGUAGGAAAUUGUUGUUCUUUAUUGUCGGUGCGCGCAAGGUUGUUGCUUGGUACGGCAUUCGCCUACCGAUUUAUGACGUUAGCGAUGACGUCAGCGUAAUAGGUAAUUUUGUUUUGGAUGUUUGCACUUCACCGAAUGGCGUGCUCCGUCGCGCCAACAACGAAUAUUUCUUUCUCAGUGUUUGUGUUUAUGACUUUGCAUCUUUUGGUGCUUGUUACAUCGUUUUACUUUUACACUAGUGUGACAUUCAUCAAACUUAGAAAUGCUAGUCUAAAUACGUGUGACGGUUUAUUAACACAAAACUUAUUUAUUCUCCUGCUAUCAGAGCUUUGCAGGUUUCGCUUUGAAAUAAACGCCUCUGCAUUCGUAUUCGACGACACUGUUUCGUCCUAAAUCGCUGUUUUUACUAUUCUGCAAGCAUCUCAUUUCUUGAACCAAGCUUUAAAUAAAAUGUUCGUCACGAAA